CCUCCCUUCCUCUACCCAUCCCUCCCCCACGGCCCACACCGUGCUCCACGCUUUAAAUAGCGAGGCCACCUCCGCAACCCGUGAUUUUAUUGCGCUCGCUUACGGCUGAUGUCAAAAAGUAACAACAACAGCAGCAAGCAACAGCGGCCAGGAUGAGGCGCAAUGCGAUGAUACGCCGAGGUUUGUGGUAAAGUCAGAGUUCUGCUACGGAACCGAGACCUCCCCGUGGCUUUCGCCCUUGGGUCCUGGGAGUCCGUCCCGUGAUUGGCGAGGGCGGCUGUCGGGAGCCUGCGCCCCGCGUGUGUGCGCGCGGAGAAAGGUUCCGAGGAGCUCGGCUGAAAGCACGCGGCGCUGACGGCGACUCAACGCCGCGCAGAGGCCCCCAGACUCCCUCGUCGGGAACGUCCGCUGUUCCCCGGCGUCCGGUCAAGAUGAGCAGCAUCGACUUCACGUCGCUCCUCGAGUCGCUGGAGGAGUUCAACUCGAGCGACCUGCCCGAGGAGUGGACGCGGCUGUGCAACGCGAGCGACCUGGAGUGCCUUUGGCGCGAGGUGUUCCACUGCGUGCACCCGUUCGACAAGAGCUCGCUAUUCGUGCCCAUCGCCGUGCUCAACUGCUUCGUGUUCUUCGCCGGCCUCCUGGGCAACGCGGCCGUGCUGUGGUUGCUCUGGCGGCCGGGCCGAGGCGGGCGGCCCGAGGUGCGCUGCUACGUCCUCAACCUGGCCGUGGCCGACCUCUUCGUGGUCCUCACGCUGCCCGUGUGGACCGUCUCGCUGCUGGGCCACGGCGCGUGGAGCCUGGGCGACUUCAUGUGCAAGUUCACCCACUUCGUGUACAGCGUCAACCUGUACGGCAGCAUCUUCUUCCUCGUGGCGCUCAGCGCCGACCGCUACGUCACGCUCGUGCUCUCGCCCGACCUCCUGGGCCGCCUGGCGGAGCGCAGGGCCCGCUCGCGCGCCCUCGCCUGCGCCGGGGUAUGGCUGCUCGCCUUGGCCGUGUCCAUGCCGGACAUCGUGUACAUCGAGUCCGGCACGGCGCCGCACACCAACCAGACGUACUGCGUGGCCGCCUACCCGCUGGGCGCCUUCAGCCAGUGGAUGGCCGGCAUGCAGCUCAUGUGCAACGCGGUGGGAUUCGCGCUGCCGUUCCCGAUCAUCGCCGUGUGCUACGCGCUCGUGGCUCGGGCGCUGCGCGACUCGGCACGCGCGGGGAGCCCGCGCGAGGCGCGCGGCGCGCGGCGCCUCCUCGUCGCCUACGUGGCCGUCUUCGUGCUGUGCUGGCUGCCCUACCACGCCGCGCUCUUCGUGGACGCGCUCGCGCUGCUGGAGGUGGUGGAGCUGAGCUGCGGCGCGGAGAGGUUCCUCUACUCGGCGCUGCACGUCACGCAGUGCUUCGCGCUCGUUCACUGCUGCGCCAACCCCGCGCUCUACUCUCUGCUGAGCCGCGGCGCGCGCGGCGCCCUGCGCAGGGCGCUCGUGGUGAGAUUCAGCAAGGGGGAGCGCCUGCAGGAGGAGGCGGACGCGGCCACGGGGGACACGGACUGCACCGAGAUACGGCCCUCCGAGCGCGCCAUCGGGGACUGAGACGCGCACGCCGGUGUGCCAGCGUGUGUGUUGCCAGUGUAUGGGUCCGUGUGUUUGUGUGUGUGUGUGUGACAGUGUACGGGUGACGGUGUAUGUGCGUAGUAGUCUCGUUAAACAAACGGUGAUGCCAUUAAAAACAAAAACAUCCCUCACUAAAGAGCACAUGACUGACAAUUGAAUACCGUUUACCUUGCCCUUUCACAAAGACAAAUAUCCCCCGUAUAGCCUUGACAGACUGUAGGGGCAAGUGCUGUUAGCGAGCACAUAUGAAGCACAAACACGCACACACACACGCGUGCUCGUCUCUGUAUAUACAGAAUCAGUCUGUAAAACAGGGGGGUUUUCAAACUUCCAGUGCCCACGAUCUACCACGGCGCCGCCGUUUCGUGUUUACCUGUCCUCGUUGUCAAGAUGCUAACUUGAGUAUUUUGACUUGUGGUGCACCACGAGCGCCCGAUGAUUGGUAAACUCGCAGCGAAAGUGACGGAGAUCACUAAAUUAUACUUUUAAGAGAAACAUAAUAAGCGGGCAGUUCAUCUCCUUCGUAGAUCUGUCCUGCCACGUAAUUUUAGGAGCAUUGGAUUAAUACAAGCAAACCCUGGACAAGGUUCAGUAUUCAGUGUCUCAUAAGCAGAGGCUUGCUUGAAUCAACCCUUGUGAACUGGAAGAUGUGUAUAUACAGUAUAGGCAAGGGACCCACUCUCUGUUAGAUAUGGGUCCUAGUGUGAUGAUGCAACACUCUACAAUACACAACACAGAAUCAACAGAUAGGUGAAGGAUGCGAUUUGUCGGCUUAUUUAAUUUGGUACUUAUAUUCUUCACAACGGCGCUAACGGUUAUAGUUUUAUGAGGUCCGUCUUACUUUCCAGAGCUUUCUUAUAAUCUGGAGAAUACACUAAAGGUAUAACUCUGCUCUGUGUCCACAUACAAAUCAAGUUUUAGUCCAUCGACAUAUUGGCCUUCACGACCAAUAUAAAGCAGCAUUUGUUUCUCCUGGACCGGUUUACACCUUCUGGGUCUCAUCAGCAGUCAGCCCUUGUGAAACAAAUGGUGCCGGUUUGCCACCUGAUGUUGUUGACCACUGUUUUUUUUCUACAUGGAAAACCACUAGUUUCGCUCCUUCGAGGGAGUACAGGGUGGUACAUAUGUCUCGUGACCCCCCCCCCCCAUUUAAUACUCCAAAACGUAAUAUGUUUGUCUACCGAUGGGUGUGAAAACUAAAAUGAAUAAGCAAAGGAACAUUGUUUUUAAGGGUCAAUUAAUUGGGGGUUACAAGACAUGUGGACAUGUGAACGACCGUGUACAGUAAUAGCAAAAUUACACCAACACUCUCGUGAAGCCCUCUCGUCGUGGCUCGCAGAUCUCGACAUUGGCAUUUAGCUCCUUGAACAUAUUGCUGCUGCCAUGCCCAAGAAUAUAUCAUGAUGCUCACGGAGGGCGCGCCCGAAAGCCACUUCGAAUAUCUUUUGUUCUCGUGAACAGAACUUAAACUGACGUGGGACAAUUCCUGGAAACCCAGUUGAGCUGCGGGAUAAUGGCCUAUCGGGACUUAUUUUUCUUUGUUGGUCGUGUAUUCAUUUAUCCAACCGCUGCAAUAUCACGGUUAAUUACCGGCUGCCUCCGCCUGCGUUUCUGCCAGCUGAC